CCCGAAACCCAAAUUUCCUCGAUCCGACUCGAUGAGCAGCAGCGUCACGUCGUCGGAGCUACAAGCGGCCAUCGAGCCGGAGCCCGAGCACAGUGACUCCAAGGAGCAGGUGGUAGUUGUCGCUGAGAGCGCCAACAACGCCGAAGCCAUUGCUCCCGUGAACGAAGCGCCCAAGUUGCCUGUCGUCGAUGUCAUUCCCAUGCAGCCCAACGAGGUGUCCGAGAGCUCGACCGAGCCUGAGGCCGUACCGGUGCUACCGAUUGCACAAACCACCGAAGCCGCACCGGGCAGUCGACCAUCGUCCGCGCCGACCGCGCGCGCCGCGGCAACAACGCCGACCGCUGUGCCAGCGGCCAAAGACACGUCCGAGAUUCCUUCAACAACGUCCCAACGAAAGCGAUCCAUCACGGCGGCGGACGCAGCUCGGGCACCUCUCGAAAUCAAACCUCUCAGCGACAACCGGCGCAAGAGCAGUGCUGCCAAAGCGUCGCCAGCAGAGACGAUCCAGGCCGUCGACAGCGUACUCCUCACGGAAGAAGAGCGCUUGGAAGCGAUAGAGGCCUUCUUGCGCACCAAGAUACAAACCCAAGGACCGUCGACACAAAAAGAGAUCCGCGACUAUAUUUUUGGUCGCCUCUCGAGUCUCCAGAUUCGAACGUGCAUGCCACCCAUGAUGGAGCGACUGCAGACGGAGCUCGGCGAGACGCUGACCCUCGACGUGCAGACGAGCCUUUGCGUCAUCAACGAACUCGUCCUUGAACUCGGUCGCGCGUCGCCGCUCGCGGGCAUGUACACGGACGAGGAAGAAGCGCUGCUCGACACGCUCGAACACCGCACCGUGCUCUAGAUUCUUUGACAGACAAUAUGUACAUUGUCUUGGGA